CACCCAGGCCAAGAGCCAUCUUACUCAGUAGGCUUAGAGCAGGACCCCCCGGUGGAGGUGGGCAGAGGAGGGAGGGGCCCUGGGGGCUGACUGUCAAGGCCCUCACCCUGAGAAAACCCCCAGGGCCUAAGAAAGAGGCACAGAGGGUGGCUGGCUACCUGAAGACAGAAGGGCCCCCUCUGUUCCUCCCUGCCUCAGGAGAAGGAGUCCAUAUCCCGCCCACCUGGUGAGGAGGGUGAAAGCUGCUGGAAAGGAAGAGACCCACCUGUUUUGGGCUGGGGGAGAUCAGAGGGCUGGAGAGAUGAGGGACCCGUGGACCUGGGGUCAGGCCUCCUGAGCUUCCAAAGACUCAUCGUAUCUGGGGGCUGGUCUGAAGGGUCAGCUGGUGUGCCUCCAGCAAUACCAAGCUGGACCAUCUCUACUCCCACGCCCCAUCCCACCACUGUAACCAUGGGGAAGCAGGGCAAGAAACUGACGCUGUCACCUGCUGGGCCCAGGAACCCCUGAGCGGGAAGUAGAGAGAGACCCUGGGUGCCCUUUAUUUAGACCAGCCUGGCAGAUUCCACCUGGGCAACAUGAAAUAGGCACCAGCCACUGCGGCCAGCCCAGGGCAGGGCCUGGACGGUCCUUGGAAGAGAAAGAACUGGACUUGGGGAGGCUGGGCACUGACCCCUCCCCAGGCCCCAUGGACACUGCUCAGUGUAGACCGGCAAGAGAUGCCUGCACCCAAAGUCCUUUCUGGUUCUGGGCAGGUGCCCCAGCUCAGGCAGCCACUGCCAAGCUACCGGCCGUUUCUGCAGGCAAGCCAGGCUGGAGGCCUCACCAACUGUCCCCUCGUGCCUGGGAUUAUUGGCCAGCCCCAGGCAGAAGAAGGGGGACCGCCAUCCCCUGUGACCAGCUCUUGGAAAAGCUCGUCCCCCUGCAGAGGAAGGAAGGACUCCCCGCUGCUGGAGCCUUCCUGCGGGGAGGGCGGCCGAGGAGAGGAGGCGCACGUGGCCAACCCCCUGGACGUCUCCCGCCUGCGCAGCUCCUCCGUGGAGAUUCGGGAGAAGGGCUCUGAGUUCCUGAAGGAAGAGCUAAGGAAGGCUCAGAAGGAGCUGAAGCUGAAAGAUGAAGAGUGUGAGAGGUUGUCCAAGGUCCGAGAGCAGCUGGAGCAGGAACUGGAGGAGCUAACUGCCAGCCUGUUUGAGGAAGCACACAAGAUGGUGAGAGAAGCCAACACAAAGCAGGCGGCAUCCGAGAAGCAGCUGAUGGAGGCCCGAGGGAAGAUUGACAUGCUGCAAGCAGAGGUGACAGCCCUGAAGGCCCUGGUGAUCACUUCCACCCCAUCUUCGCCCAAUCGUGAGCUGCACCCCCAGCUCCUGAGCCCAUCCAAGGCCGUCUUCCGGAAGGGACAUGCUCGAAACAAGAGUUCCAGCAGCACCCUCUGCCCGGCUGUCUGCCCGGCCACCGGCCACAGCAUCUCCUUUGAGCCCAUCGGCCAAGAGUGCAGAGAGGUGGACACCAUCCUGUUUGCUGAAUUCCAGGCCUGGAAGGAGGCCCCCACCCUGGACAAGAGCUGCCCCUUCCUGGAGAGGAUUUACCGGGAGGAUGUGGGCCCUUGUCUGAACUUCACCAAACAAGAGCUUUCUGAGCUGGUUCAGGCGGCUGUGGAGGAAAACACCCUGACCAUUGAGCCCGUGGCCUCACAGGCACUGCCCGUGGUGAAGGUGUCUGCGAUCGAGUGUGGAGGCCCCAAUGGCUUCCGGGCCCAGAUCAUGACAGUCGACCCCUCCGUGAUGUCCCCCUGCCUUGUCUCCCCCAGGAAGUGCGCUCUCAGUGGCUUGUCUCGGACUUGCCGACACCGAAUCAGGCUGGGAGAUUCUGAGAAUUAUUACUACAUCUCUCCAUCCUGCAGGGCCAGGAUCACAGCUGUCUGUAACUUUUUCACCUAUAUUCGCUACAUCCAGCAGGGCCUGGUGCGGCAGGACGUGGAAUUGAUCUUCUGGGAGAUAAUGAGGCUCCGGAAGGAGAUGUCCCUGGCCAAGCUGGGCUUCUACCCGAAUGAGGUUUAGUGCCAAGACUGAGUUCACGGCUCCAGGGAGACAGAUGGACACGCAGUUGUGGGAGAGGGCCACGGGGCUGGGGGCUGCUCUGAUUGAGGCAGAAGGACAUGAUGGAUGGGUCUCCGUCCUCUGAAGAUUUCACCAUGGGGGACUGCCACCAGCAAGGAGGCCCUGGAGAAAACCCUGCAGGGAGGAGGGGGGCACAGAAAGGAGCAGAUCGCUUCACGCUGGAUCUUGGGCUCCAAGGCCCAGGCUCUGUCAGGAGCCAGUUACCGGGCCCUCUGCUGCUUCUACCAGCCGAUGCAGUGAAUUUUCCAAAAGAAGAAAAAAAAAUCUGAUCAACAAAAACAAAGCCUGCAGACUUAGACGUGGCCCGUGGGGAGAUGCUGAGGUGGAGGGGUCUCUAGUCUUCCAGAGAGAAGAGGUGUUCAGCCCCUGGCCCACCUCCAGCAGCCUUAGAGGGGCUCUUGUGUUUGAGCUCAGGAAAGUAGCCAGGGCCUUGCGCCCUGCCCUACCCGCCCCCCCCAAAAAAAGCAGGACAUCAAGGCCCCUCUUAGUUGCCCAUCACCCCCCCCCCCCCCCCCGUAAUGACUUUGGGCAAUGACCAGGACUGACAAGCAUCAUUCUGGUCUACUGGCCAAUGGGGAGCAGUGCCCCCUUGUGGUGUGUUCCUGUCCUUUCAGCCAGGGAAGCUGUUUCCUGAUCCCAGCUUCCUGGCCCUGUUAAUCCCCAAACUCUUAUCUGUCCCUUGGGGAAACUUCUCCAAACAUUUUGCCAGCGGUUGGGGAGUGCAGCCUGGGAGGGAAGUGCCCUCCCCCUGCCCUCAGGCCUUCAUCCCUGGUGUGAGUCGUGUUUGGAAUGCCGUCCCCCCCCCCCCCCCCCGCGCACACCCAGUGAUGGUGGUGAUUCUCCCUUUAAGACAAGAGGGUGGUCUUGUGUCCCCUCUGCCCAUUAGUGGACCUUGUGACCUCUCUAUCAUACCUUCAUAGGGCUUUAUGGGCAGCACAGAUCUCAGCCAGAAAGACUUGCCAGUCAAGGGUUAAUAACCACCCCUCUCCCCCUUCCCCCCCAGAAAGCUUUUCUCUUUCCUGGCUGUCAUGGGACAUGUCCUAAAUUGGAAUGCCAUCCCCGUCUGCUGCUUCCUGAAUGACAAUCAUUCCAAGCUGGGAAUUACAGAUACACCAUUGGCCGGGCUUGUCGGACAGAGAAGGGCCAAGCCGAGCUGAGUGUAUGCGCCCCUUGGAGUGGGGGUGAGGGGAAGGGAAGAAGACCUUUCCCAUAAGUAGGCUCCAAUGUUAUACCUUUAAAUGGGACACCUACUUCCCCUGAGAAGUUUAAAGGGCCUUAGCUCUCAGCAGGGACUGAGUUGAGGGCAGCUGAAAGGCUUUGGGGGCAGUCUAGUGAGAGGUUUGCUAUAGGGGCCAGAAGAAGUUGGCUAGUGGCCCUCCAACAGGCCUCCCCUGCCUCCAGCCAGGCCCACACCCUGGGCCUCCUACCCUCAACCCCCCUCCCCCCUCAGCCAGGAGAUAGGGUGGCCACCUGUUCUGAAGAUGAAAUGUGUUUCCUGUGUAAUCUCCCAGCAUCAGUUCGUCUCUUAUUCCUGUAAUUCCCUGCCCCCACCAUCACACACACACCCCUCUAGAAGCAGUUGGGCUCAUAUAGCUUGAGCUGAGAGGCUUCCCACCUGUCUCAGUCUGUUCAGGAGGCCCUGCAGGCCCGGAGGAGGCAGGGUAGGGGAGGGAGGCCCAUUUCGUGCCUCUGGAGUGCCUUUCCUCAGGACCAGCCGAGAGCUCUUCCCUCUAGGCUGAUGGAUGCUUCCUCAGAUGCGGAAGGGCUAGGGAUAUAGCCUGCCCCAUGUCCUUGGCACCAGCCUGUGGGUGGGAGACACUACCCUCCCCUUUAGAGGAUGGGCCUGGAUGGUGGUGAGGGGUGGGCAGGCUGCCAGGCAGCAUUAGGGUGGGGGAGUCGUGAGUCCCUGGAGGGAGGGAGCGGCUAUAUUGUAGUGAUCCUCUGAAGGGACCCUUCCCCCCAAGGGACCUCCCUCUCCCCACCUGGCCCUGUGAUCUGGGGCUAUUCUGGACACAGACUUCCUGCUGGCUCACUUCUAGUUUUGUUUUUUAAAAUGAAAUGUAACGAAAUCUCUAUUUAAUAAAGGAAGGAUUUAUUGGUAAA